AUGGCACACCUGACCGUCUACUGUGUCAUUUUGGCGAUAACUUCAGUCAAACCUCAUCAAAUUCCUCAUAUCAAUAACGUUUUUCUACAACCAGGAUAUACUUCGAAUAGUACGACAAUCAGCAAUCAAACCUUUAGUCAAUGUCUGUGCGCAUCCUCAUUAUCGUAUCCUGCAGUGAAUUGGUUUCCUAAUGGGACUUGCCAGGUGUUCUAUAGUUUUCCACCAACCUAUCGCAUUCGGUCAAUGACUGCAGCUCGUCUUUACUUUCCGCAAAAAACAUAUCCAAAUGCAAGUUUAUGUUGUAUGCCGGAUAUAAACUUCCUACUAAACAAAUUACAAUCAGCAAGCAUGACUCUCGCCAACAUAUCCAAUCCUCGCGAUAUGCUCAUCGAUGAUUCCGGCUAUUUAGUCACAGUAGAAAUGUCGCUAAAUUAUCUGCAUCGAUUUAGUGCCACAGAUCUAAGUUCAAUUAGUCGUACUGCUAUUCCAGGUUACUAUCAAAUGGCAGUAGCUUAUGACCAAGGUGUAUUUUACUCUACUCCAAAUGCUGGAGUUCUUAUGCAUGUCAUUAACAGUACAACACUUGCGCCGGUGUCGAACAUAACUAUGGCAUUGAUUAAAGAUCCGCGAGGUAUCUUAUUUUUGGACAAAAGUCAAACAAUGAUGGUUACUUCGAAUAAAAACCAAACUCUUUUGUUUUUCAAUCGGACGAGUAUUGUACCACCUCAAUACACUUACACUUACUCUCAAGUUGUUAAUAAUCUCAGUCCGCAUGGUGUAUGGUAUGUCAAUGAUUCCUAUUUUUACGUGACAUCGUACACUCAAAAGCUAGUCUUUGGUUAUAGCAAGAAUACUACUGCUGGUCAAUGGAAUGAAGCAUUAAUCGUCAAUGCAUCCAUGCUUACGACUUCCGGUGGUUCUACUAGUAUAGUCAUUGAUGAAUGCGGUCGAUUGUGGGUUCCUCAAGAAACGAACACUAUUUAUAUUUUUGAUCAACAAGGAGUUCUUUUAGGUAACUAUACAAUUCCAAGCCUAGCAGUUUCGUUCAUGAAAAUCGUCGAUAACUAUAUUAUGUAUUUAUCCGAUUGCGCUAAUAACCAAAUCAUGCGUAUCAAUCCGAACAUUCAGUGUUAA